AUGUCGUUCCUAUUUGGUAGGGCGCGGACGAGGACGAACACCAUAGACCUCUCCAAGCAGGCAAAGGAGAACAUAACCAAGUUGGACGUGGUGGGAAAGGCAGAAGAGCUCGCCAAGGUCCUCAGCCAAAUCAAACUCAUACUGCAAGGAACACCCGAGUCCGACAGCACGCCCGACCAAGUCUACCAACUCGUCCAAGGUCUCAUUGAGGAGGAUCUGCUCCUGCUCCUCGCCCAGAACCUGUGGCGCCUCCCGUUCGAGUCACGAAAAGAUACCCAAGUCAUAUUCUCAUAUGUUUUCCGAUUCCGACCCCCGACCGCCUCGCCCAAGACAGAUCCCGUAGCACUGAGCUAUGUCGUCAACAACCGGCCGCAGGUUCUGCUUGAACUAUGCCGCGGAUAUGAACACAAGGAGAGCGCAACACCAGCGGGCACUGUCCUGAGGGAGGUCCUGAAGAGUGAGGCUGCCGCCGCCAUCAUCCUGUUCGACGAUGGGGAGGAGUCAGGCUCGAGUGCUAAGGGGGUGACCGCCAUUGAGAGGGAACGUUUACAGAGCGGAAGCGGCGUGUUCUGGAGAUUCUUCGACUGGAUCGACAAGAGCUCAUUCGAGGUUGCAGCAGAUGCGUUCACUACGUUCCGGGAGCUCUUAACUAAGCAUAAGGAGCUUGUACCGCGGUACUUGUCCGUGAACUUUGAGCUCUUCUUCGACAAGUAUAACCACAUACUCGUCCAGUCCAACAGCUAUGUCACAAAGCGUCAGUCGAUAAAGUUGCUCGGCGAAAUAUUACUCGACCGCUCAAACUACAACGUCAUGACCGCAUACGUCGACCGCGGUGAACACCUCAAGAUAUGCAUGAACCUCCUGCGCGACGACAGGAAGAUGGUGCAGUACGAGGGCUUCCACGUCUUCAAGGUCUUCGUCGCAAACCCGCACAAGUCCGUAGCCGUGCAGAAGAUCCUGAUUAUGAACCGGGACAAGCUCCUCAACUUCCUGAGCCAUUUCCUGGAAGAUCGCACGGAUGAUGAACAGUUCAUUGACGAGCGCGAGUUCCUGAUCAAGCAGAUCCGCAACCUCCCACCAACGCCCAUUCCGCCAACGAGACAGAUGUCUCAGGGCGUUUAG